GAAAUCCCUUCAUUAUACUUAUAUGCGUAUUUAAUAUUGUUCUGUGUUGUCUUUAUUUGAGACUAAUCCUGAUACGUUUCAAUUACAUGCAGAAUAUAUUCAAAGCCGACUCGAUAGAAAUAAAAAUAGAACACGUCGAAACGCCUGCAGUUGAUCCGAACAUGGAGGAUAGGUAUUUUGUGUAUACCUCCCAGUGCCAUAUGCCCAAAAUAAAUCCAUUUUCCGCCGACGCAUUGAAAAUAUACAAUCCAGUAAAUUACACAAUUUGUGAUAAAAGUAAAAAGCUGAUAACCGUGAACUUCAAUAGCAAAAAAAAGCAAUAUAAACUGCACAUGAAUAUUAAAACCAUCAGCUGCUGUUACCAAUCAAUUAAACGAAGUGGACGUGGACGGAGUGCAGAUAGAAAAUACUCCCUGAGCCCAUGUAGAAAUAUCAGUCAGGAUUUCGUGGUUCCACACCAUGUGAAGGAAAUCAUUACAAUAUGCAAAACGAAGAAUAGCAGAAAGGUGUUGAAAGAAGCAUUCACUUUUGUGCAUCCACCUAAGAAAAUGAAGAAUCAGAAGCACAGGAAACCGAGCAUUCUUCUAUGGGGGAUCGAUUCAUUGUCUCGCAUUAACUUUCGACGUACCAUGCCGCUCACAUACAAGUAUCUGCAAGAACAGUCCUGGUACGAGCUCCAAGGUUACAAUAAAAUCCAUUACAAUACGUUUCCUAAUUUAAUGGCCUUACUGUCGGGCUACAAUUACUCGUUAAUUGACAAAUAUUGUCAUCCCCAAAUUGUUGGUGGCUUAAAUGAUUGUCCCUUGCUCUGGAAAAAUUACAGUAAACAUGGAUAUAAAACCGCAUAUGCCGAGGACUGGACUUAUUAUGCUACUUUUAAUUAUUUAAUACCAGGAUUCCUGAAACCCCCCACUGAUUACUAUCUCCGACCAUUUAUGCUGGCCAUUGAAAAAAUUCUUUCAGGCAAUGGGAACUGUCGGGGUCGCCGACUUAUGGCCGAAUAUGUUUACGACUACGCAGUGCAAUUUACAAAUCUUUUAAGAUCCCAACCUACGUUCGGAUUGUUUUGGACAAACAGUUUCAGUCACUCACUGUUCUUUUUGCCCUCAUCCAUGGAUAAAAAAAUGGUCAAGUACAUGCAUACUCUGAAAAAAAAUGGAAUAAUGGAUAACUCCAUCAUUUUUUUUCUGAGCGACCAUGGUAUGCGUUUUGGACCGCUCAGACAAUUGAAGAGUGGCUUUGUGGAAGAACGUUUGCCAAAUAUGUUCAUUUGGCUUCCCAAAUGGUUUCGCCAACAAUAUCCAUCCUUCGAACUAGCCUUAAAGCUAAAUAGAAACCGCCUGUCAUCUCCCUAUGAUAUUUAUGCCACACUUCACCAUAUAUUGCAAUUAAAAACAUCUACGAACCAUUUGCCUCGAGCCUCGAGCUGUCCUAAAUGCCGGAGUGUUUUCUUCGAAAUUCCCGAGAAUCGAACCUGUGCCGAUGCGGGAAUCACACCGCACUGGUGUACAUGCAACGUGUUCGAAAAUAUUAGCACAGCUGAUAGAGUUGUUAAGAUAAUUAUAUCGAAAUUGAUCAAAGCCACGAAUUCCUACCUAAGUGCACGGCAUCUUAGCCAUCGAUGUAGUAAGCUGAAGCUUUCUCAAAUUAUCUCAGCCAAGACCAAGAAUGAUCCGGAAGGAAAACAGCAGAUCUUCCGCCUUCGAUACGAAACAAAACCAAAAAAAUCCCUCUUUGCAGCAACUGUCAGAUGGAACAAGAAGACAGGAGGCAUUCCCAUUAAUAUCGACGACAUUAGCCGCCUAAAUAAAUAUCAAACCACUUCCAAUUGCAUUAAAGACAAAACUGCAAUGAAGUAUUGCAUUUGCACCCAUUAGGCAUCGCUUAUAUUAUUAUUUGUAAUAAACGUACUAGCCCUGCCUUAUAGUUGUUUCCAUAUUUUUAUAAUCAGCGAUGCUGAAUAUUCCUGAUUGUAAGAAGCAUAAAUGUUUUAAUUACAACUUGUUAACCUAACGCUAAAAACAUCCUAUAACCUUAAAACCUAGUGGAAAGAAAAUAUUAUAAAUUAUUUUAUUAUUUUUUAAUAUACUUUACAGAGUAAUAAUUAAAUUUGAUUCUGGCUUAGUGUGAAAAAACCU